AUGACCACGUCGUCCAGUGCCCCUACGUCAGGCCAGGCCUCGGUCCUAGCGGGCAUCGUAGCGGGAUGCGUCACUCGCACCUGCACAUCGCCCCUGGAUGUGUUGAAAAUUCUUUUCCAGCUCGACAAGUCCACGCAGAAACGGCGCGGGGCGUCGUCUAUGGUGGACACGUGUCGCCAUAUCUACGGCACCAACGGGUUUCGGGGGUUUUGGAAGGGCAAUUUCGCCGGCUGUUGUCGCCUUGGGCCAUACGCUGGUGUCAAAUUCUUCGUGUUCGAGUCGUUGGUACAUGGCUCGCCCCCAGAAAUAUUGUCCACUGCGCAUAGCCAGCGCGCGUUUUGUGGCGCUUGUGCGGGCAUGAUGGCCACGGUCGCCGCGUAUCCGCUGGAAGUGGUGCGCACUCGCAUCAUCCUCCAGUCUCUGAAACCCAGCGAGUCGACCGGAAUCCUUCAAGAUUUUUCCACGUUGGUGAAAGCCGAAGGACUGCGGGGGCUAUACCGAGGCCUUGGGCCAGGCUUGCUGGGAGCGAUUCCGUUUGAAGGCACCCAAUUUGCCUGUUUUGAAAGCGCCAAGGUGUACAUGACCACGCAUCGAUGGCCUGCUUGGCGCUGGCACGAUGACAAGCAGUCGUUGGAGACGUUGGAUUACUUGGUCGUGGGCUGCCUCGCCGGCGCAAUGGCACAAGUGGUGGCGUACCCCUUCGACACCAUUAAGAAACGGUUGCAAGCUCAAGCAUUCGGGGAAGGGGGGCAACGGCAGAAGUACCGCGGCAUGGCGGAUUGCCUCGUCCAAGUGGUGGGAAAUGAAGGGGUCCCAGCGCUGUAUCGGGGGACUCUACCAAACCUACUCCGUGUGGCCCCCCACACCGCCAUUAUGUUUACCACGUACGAACUGACCAAGAACUUUUUGCUGUCGGAAGAACCGGCCAUGCUGCGCAAGCGGUACAACGAAUUGAUCCACCGGUAUCUCGAAUGAACAAGGGGCAACUAACCACCCCCCGUUGUUGAUGGCCAUCCAUGUCCCCCAUCAAGUGUGCACGUCGCCCUCGCAUCUUGUUCUUCUAGUUAACAUCACGAACGACUGGGGAAACAGCUUUGUUGUUAUGACGAAUAAUCCUAAUAUGACUCCCCCC